AUGGCGGACCCAGCACCCCCUGCCGCCGAUGCACUCUUUGGCAGCAGUGAUGACAAAAACGACAGUGCUAGCAGUCUUUUUGAUGCCGGAAGCACCGCCACCGACAGCGCCCAAGACAUUGCCGGGGUCUUUGGUGCUCCUUUAGACGACACGGCCGAUCCAUUUGCGAGUGUCGGCCAAAGCAUAGACAUUGCUGCCAAUCCUGAAGCUAGCUCCGAGGCUACAACGUCGAGUGUGUUCGACGACUAUGCGAACCAAGGCUGGUACGAUGACGACGGCAAGUUUCAUCUAUACGAGGAUCCGGCUGACACGUUCAGUGCCGCGCCAGCUACGAAUCCGGCCCCGGCGAAAAGUUAUACACCCAAUGCCUAUUCCCCUGCACAGACACAGCCAGCUUCAAGGGUUCCCUCACAUUCAUCGCCGGCGACCCAGUAUGCACCCUCUGUAGCUAGUCCUUAUGAGCCAGCCCGUUCGAGCUCUGGAUCUUACGCUCCAGCGUCUACAUACGCACCUCCCCCCGGUCAGCACACUCCUGCGAGCACCUAUACGCCUCCAACGAAUGUAUACGCGCCCCCGACGAAUGCAUAUGCACCUCAGACGACAGCUUAUGCGCCUCCGAAGAGUCCCUACGCCGUAACAACGAGCUCAUUCAUACCACCGCCCCCGACGUCAUAUGCUCCACCACCAGCACUUCCUGCGUCAACCAAUGACCAUCUGAGGUAUAGAUCUGCCUCGGCCAACGCUUACGAUCCACCUAUUCCGGCUGCAAGAAAAAGAAUUGACAGCCCCGCAAGUUCGGUUUCGACUCUAGGUCAUGGUACACCGGUCCUCGUGAGCCCUUUUGGGCAGACGACGCCCUCUGGAUAUCCCUCUCAGCUCGCACACGACCAGCCUACUCAGAACCCACCACCUCCACCCGGCCCUCCACGCAGCAGAGCAGGCUCACAGGUUACAGGUCCAGCUCGGACCCUUUCGCCCGCUCAUGCGUUGAAUAGGACUGGAUCCCCACUGUCUGGAAUAGUUCGCGCUACUUCUCCGCUGGCUGGUACGGGUGCAAUGCGUGCUGCGACGGGCCCAACUAUUGCUUCUACCCACCCUCCAGCUCCUCCCAAGUCGACAUCACCAUAUGAUCCUCCUACAACUGGCGUCAAACCAUUAUCCUAUAGCCCUGCUGUUCAGCCUUCGAUACCUACCCUACCAGCACGCGCAGCGACAUAUGACCCGCCCCCAACUGGCACGAAGAGCGCGUUUGACCCGCCAUUACCCGCGGGAGCACCACCGGCAAGGAAGAACACAUACGAUCCACCAAAAACGGGAGCCAAGAAUGCGUUUGAUCCUCCAAUGACAGGCACGAAGAGCGCAUUUGACCCACCUCUGCGAACCGGUACCAAGAGCGCGUUUGACCCCCCUAUGACCGGCCGUAAGAAUGCGUUUGAUCCCCCAAUGACAGGUCGAAAGAGUGUAUUUGAUCCACCACCUCCGCCUGCUGGACCACCAUCGCGGCCUGGCAGUCGGAUUGGUAAUGGUGCGAACAAUUCACCUGUGAUCGGACCACCGCGACCUGUAUCUGGUUUUGCUCCUCCGGGUCCACCUCCCGGGACUUGGCGCAGGAGGGAAAAGGGAUCCAGAAGCGCCAUUGUUGGUGGAAGCAGGCCGUGGGAUAUGAGUACAGAUAGUGCGAGGGCUAGUUUGGAUGGGGAAGGGACGGAUGGUCCGCCAGGUCGAGGAAGUUUGGAUGGUGCCGACAGUGGCUACAAGUCUCGCACAUCUAUCGACGACGCGGCAGGUAGUGAAACAUGGUCCAAAGAAGAGUGGGCCGAGGAGAGGAUCCAGAAGGCGGCGAUGCCGAGGGAGGACAUGUGCAAACAGAGAACGACUGGGGCAGGUGGAUUAGACGAGGCCGAUACCACGCUACAUGCGCCUGCUGAAUCGUUCUUAGGAGUGGGCCCACAAAUUAUGGAGACCGCCCCUACCCCACUGGCGAGCCCAGGAAAAGUGCCCAUGGAAUUCGCAGAGGACGAUGCAGAGGGCGGAUUUGGUACUGUAGGCGAGCCUUCAUCCACUCCUGGAACCAAACCUCUCAGCCGCACUACCUCGAUAUCGUCCCUUGCCUCUGGACGCUCUGGACACAAGCCUUCAGGUUCGAUCUCUAAGCGUCCCGCACCGGUUGUUGUAGAGCCCCCGCCAAACACUGGUAAUUAUGUUGUUGACAAUCAGCCUUAUACGCCCAUGUAUGGCCAGUCACCUUACGCUGAUGUUCAGACCUCACCUCCGAAGCAAACAGCUGCGGACCCGUACGCACCUAAGCCUACAGAUGCACCUGCGCCUCCCAAACCAGUGGAUUCGUAUGCUCCACCGCCAAAGGAUCCCUACGCGCCUCCUAACCAGCCGUCACCGACCCCGAAUGCUGCAAUCACUCGUCCUCCACCGACUAGGAAUGGGUCAACGCUUAGUCGCAAAUCUUCCUUGGCUAGCAUUGGAGAAUUUAGUGUUGCAAAAGAUCCGUACGCGCCUCUCGUUGCAAGCAAAGACCCGUAUGCACCUCCCGCUGCUAAGGACCCAUAUGCCCCGUCCGCGGUGAACGCAAGCCCUUAUGCACCAUCCAGAGCUAUGGCUCAGGAGAUCAAACGACCUUCAUCGACCGCCUAUGAUCCCCCCAUGCCCGCUGUGCUCCCUGCGCAACACGCAUCAUCAUAUACCCCUGGUGUCCCUACCGAGAUGUACGCUCCCCGUCGCGACUCACGUGCCAAAGAACAAAGCGACCAAUCUGACUACGAGGGUGCAAACGGUUACACGUCUCGGUAUAACUACCCCAGCACCGACCCAUACCAGCCAGGUGGCAAGUCGGGCACACCGGCUGCCUAUCAACCAACUUCUGGGGGAGUGGAUCCACUCGGACGACACGAUUCUCGCGCACCAAUCAUUUCGUUUGGAUUUGGUGGCCGACUGGUAACCGCGUUCCCCGGACUUUCCGAACUCACUGGGGGAUUCGAUGUUUCUCUCGGUCGCAAGGCACCCCCUCUUCAAGUUCGCACGCUGCACAAGAUUGUACCCGAGAGCGCCGUCGAGACGUCGUCAGCCGUUUUCCCUGGCCCGUUAUUCUCUGACCCUGGCUCGCCUACAAAAGGAUUGGUAAACGUAGCAGUUGGUGGAUCCGGGGCUAAAACCAAGAAGGCUGCCGUGCUUAAGUACCUUGGUGAACGUGCUGAGGAAAUCGAACGCGGACUUGGGUAUUUGGCUGUGGAUGCUGGUAAUGCCCCUGGACCCAGUGAGAGGAGCAAGUCGGAGGGCAAGCUGGUCCUCGUGAACUUGUUGAGAUUAUGGUGGAAAAUGAUGGGAAGCUUACCGGAACGUGAGCCUGCAAUCGAUACCGCUGUGCGCCAAGCACUCGUUCCUCGGUUGUCUUCUGUCCCUGCUGUUAUGAGUCCCAAUUCGCAAGCCACCUCGUUUACACUUGCAUCUGCUCUGGAUGUCACCGUCACGAGUCCCGGAAUGGAUCAGUACAGCCUUUCCCCAGGAAACAGCGACUCGCCUGUUGCAACCUACAAAGUCAAACCUGAUGCACUGGACAAAAUUCAAGAGCUCUACUCCAAGGUGAAAGACGCCAGGCCUACCAUUAUGCUCUAG